GCACGCUCUCUCCGUUGUUUUCACUCCUCCUUUGGAUAGCAGUGGCGUUUUGUACAGCAAUGCUGUUUUUCAUCUCCAAGCCUGUUGGCAUUCGACCCUUUUUGGUGUCUGUUAUUCUCAGGUCUAUAUAUACUAUAGGGCUCGGUCCUACCUUGAUACUUCUUGGUGCUGCUAAUCUUUGUAACAAAAUAGUGUUUCUGGUGAGCUUUGUUGGGAACCGUGGAACUUUCACCCGUGGCUACAGAGCGGUCAUCAUGGACAUGGCUUUUCUCUAUCACGUAGCAUAUGUCCUGGUCUGCAUGCUGGGCCUCUGCGUGCACGAGUUCUUCUAUAGUUUCCUGCUGUUUGAUCUGGUGUACAGAGAAGAGACGUUGCUAAAUGUGAUAAAAAGUGUAACCCGGAAUGGUCGUUCCAUUAUCCUCACUGCAGUGCUAGCACUCAUCCUAGUUUACCUCUUCUCCAUCAUUGGGUUCCUCUUCUUGAAAGAUGACUUUAUCAUGGAGGUCGACAGGUUGAAAAUCAGGUCCCCUGUUGCAGGUAUUGGUGAAGUCCCCACUACAACCCUCACAUCAAUGAUGGGAGCCUGUGCAAAAGAGAACUGUUCCACAAGCAUCCCAAUUAUCAACCCAGCUGGUGAAGAGGAGGAGGAUGGAAUAGAAAGGACCUGUGACACCCUGCUCAUGUGCAUUGUGACCGUACUAAACCAAGGCCUGCGAAAUGGUGGUGGUGUGGGAGACGUGCUCAGAAAGCCUUCCAAAGAUGAGCCCUUGUUUGCUGCGCGAGUUGUUUACGAUCUUCUGUUUUACUUCAUUGUCAUAAUUAUUGUUCUAAACCUAAUCUUUGGAGUCAUCAUUGAUACAUUUGCUGAUCUCAGGAGUGAAAAGCAGAAGAAGGAGGAAAUACUAAAGACAACUUGUUUCAUCUGUGGACUGGAGCGAGACAAAUUUGAUAACAAGACGGUUUCAUUUGAGGAGCAUAUAAAGUCAGAACACAACAUGUGGCAUUAUUUGUACUUUAUAGUUCUUGUCAAAGUUAAAGACCCAACUGAAUACACUGGCCCGGAGAGCUAUGUGGCGCAAAUGAUUGUG